AUGUCAGGGUGUCAAUACUUCAGCCACAUAGACCUUUCCGAUGCCUAUCUCCAGGUGGAGGUGGAAGAAGGCAGUCAACAGCUUCUAACCAUAAACACCCACAAAGGACUGUACCAAUUUACGCGAUUAUCACCUGGCAUCAAGUCAGCCCCAGGGGCAUUCCAGCAAGUGGUGGAUGCAAUGCUCGCAGGACUCGAAUUCACCAGUGGUUAUCUCGAUGACGUCCUUGUAGGAGGCAGAACGGAAGAGGAACAUAAGCAGAAUCUCGAACGGGUCCUUAGCCGUCUGCAAGAAUACGGUUUUACGGUGAGGAUUGAAAAAUGCAGCUUCAGCAUGGAGCAAGUCAAUUACCUGGGACAAAUUAUGGAUGGUGAUGGUAUUCGACCGGACCCGAACAAAGUUGCAGCCAUUGUCAACAUGCCACCACCACAUGACCUUCCAUCAUUAAGGUCCUAUUUAGGUGCCGUAAAUUAUUAUGCCAAGUACGUCCCCGAAAUGCGGAAGUUGCGGUACCCUAUGGAUAAGCUACUGAAAGCUGGAGUCAAAUGGGAAUGGAAUGCAGCCUGUCAAAACUCGUUUGAUCGAUUCAAGGAGUUAUUGAUGUCACCGUUACAAUACUGGGCGUUAACACUUCUUCUAUACAAUUUCGACAUUCAAUAUGUAUCCACGGAGAGCUUUGGUUAUGCUGAUUUAUUGUCGAGACUAAUAAACAAUCACAUUCGUCCUGAAGAAGACUAUGUAAUAGCGGCAAUCGAACUGGAACAAAUUUUUCAGGAUGCUGUUAAUCAAUCGCUGGAGUUCCUACCGCUGACGUACAAAUCGAUCCAGUCAGAAACUAGAGCAGACCCGAUCCUCCAAGAAGUUGUUCAACAUGUUCAGCAAGGAUGGCCUGCCAACAAAAGUGACGUUGCCGAAUCUUGUCAGCAGUUCUAUCUUCGUAGAGAUGGAUUAUCAGUUAUAUCCAACUGUCUGGCAUAUGGUGAGCGAUUGGUCAUUCCGUCGAAGUUCCAGAAAAAAGUUCUCCAGAUGCUGCACAAAGGUCACCCCGGCGUUGAAAGGAUGAGAGCAGUUGCUAGAAGUUAUGUAUACUGGCCCGGAAUCGACGACAGUAUAGCCCAGCUAGUGCGUUCUUGCAAUGAGUGUGCGUUGGCUGCCAAAACCAACAACAGAGUCAAGCUGGAAUCCUGGCCAGUACCCGAAAAACCCUGGCAACGACUACAUAUGGACUACGCCGGACCAGUCAAUGAUUGGUACUACCUUGUUUUAGUCGAUGCAUACACAAAGUGGCCAGAAGUAAUACCUACCCGUCGAAUUACUACGUCUGCAACUCUAGAAAUGCUGCAAGGCAUCUUCGCCCGUUUCGGAAUGCCAGAAACGAUAGUCAGCGACAACGGUCGCCAAUUCGUCAGUGAGCAGUUCGAACUCUUCUGUGACAGCAACGGUAUACUUCAUCUCAAGACACCACCAUUCCAUCCGCAAUCCAACGGGCUUGCGGAAAGGUUCGUUGACACUUUCAAACGAACCCUCAAGAAAAUUACGGCGGGGGGAGAGAGCCUUAGUGAACGCUCAGAAGGAAAGUUCCCCGCGGAGUUACUACUUGGUAGAAACCUUCGCACAUCAUUAGAUUUGUUGAGACCACCAACUGCAUACCACAAAAUUGAGAACAACAAGCAAGAUAGUCAAUACAAUCGCAAACAUGGAGCCAAGAUCAUCAACUACUGUCCUAAAGAUUUGGUUUGGGCGAAAGUCUACAAAAAUAAUCGUUGGAAGUGGGAAGCUGGCCAGGUUCUCGAACGUGUAGGAAGUGUCGUUUACAACGUUUGGUUGCAAGGGAAAAACAUACUUAUUCGUUCGCACUGUAAUCAGUUACGAAUAUUUUGGAAGAACCUGUACAGCGGCCGAGAAGUUCAAACAGUAAUCGUCAACGAAGACCUCAACGCCUUCCAAAAAGAGCUGAAGAACAUCAAAUUCAACCUCGCCACUCUUCGCGAAAUCGAAAGGUGCCAGUGA